AUGUCGUCAAAAUCGAUGUUAUGGAUCGCCAUUCAUUUGUCCCCGUUGGCCAUUGGAGUGCACGUGCCAAUGUCUACUUUUUUGAGUACCUCUAAAAGUACCCUGCAUCCUUUCUUUACCACGUUGUAUCGUAUUUUGUUCCCCACUUGGAAUGGAUAUCAAGGUCAGCACUACCGUCGUAGCUCACCCAAGUUAGAAAAUCAUUUCCACCUGUGUCUGGGCUUUUGGCCUACCGUGCAGCAAAAUACCGAGAGACGCUGGGGUGUAGUACAGUACCAAAUACCGAUGCUGCUCUGGCAAGUCUUACCCGUAAGACUCCACUACAAAAGCUCCGCUAGAACCACGUCAAUAUUACCUAAGCCAGGUUCGGGGUACGGUACAUAG